AGAUUGGCUCCAUCUCCAUGCAUGCUGCCUCUGAGACCGAGCUAGCUGGUCCGAGGCGCUAUAAAAGACCGGCCCAACCUUGGUCCUCACAGUCACAGCACAGGCCGCCACACAAAGCUCUUGAGCUCCAAAUCUAGCAGCAGCUAGAGCUAGAGCUACAAUCACCGAAGAAGAUAAAGAUACACACGACUUUGUGCAACAAUCACCGACACACACAUAGCUAGAGCUAGAGAUGGCGGCGGGAAAGCUGGGGCAGCAGCUGAUGACGAGGCUGCACCUCGCGAGGACCCGACCGUCGGCGACGGCGGACGUGCCGCGGGGCCACCUGGCGGUGUACGUGGGCGAGGGGCGGAAGCGGCUGGUCAUCCCAACGGCGUGCCUCAGCCACCCAGCCUUCGUCACGCUGCUGAAGCGGGUGGAGGACGAGUUCGGCUUCGACCACCGCUGCGGCGGCCUCACCAUCCCCUGCGCCUCCGAGACCGAGUUCGCUCACAUCGUGGGCGCCGCCGCCGCCGGGGACGGCCACCACCAUCACUGACGAUCGCGUGCGUGCCCGCGCCGAUCGAUCGAGUUAGAGUCCGGCCGUGUCGAUAGAUUAAUUCCGCUUCCAGUUCCACCUAGCUAGGACAAAAUUAUUGUUCUCUUUUGGGGUGGUGUCGAUCGUAGCAGCAAUAGUGUUGGGUUUUGCUUGACGACACUGUAAAGAUUGUGAUUGGGAAUUGGAAGAAUAAGCUCUUCUCUCACCCUGCUUAUUAUUCUGA